GUUUUGGCGUCCAUCAGCUGAUUUUGACAUUUUUUGAGUAAAAACAAAGAAAAGAGGAAAAUACCCAGCUGCAAGUCACUGUAAAAAUAGCAUUUUUAUAUUGAAAAAUUUUGUAGAAAUCUCUCUCUGUGGCAUCUUCUGUGAAGUGGAAUUUAAGAUAAAUUUGGAAUAAUGUUUCAAUUUGGAGGCUUAAACAUGAUGUUUCCGGACCUCAAUCGUCCCUUCAACAAUCACUACAAUUGCUAUUCUGUAUCUAUGUUGCCGGGAAAUGAGAGGCAUGAUGUUGAAAAGGGUGGAAAAAUAAUAAUGCCUUCGUCGGCUCUGGAUCAACUCACAAGGCUCAAUGUUGAGUAUCCAAUGCUCUUUAAGUUGACCAAUGUCAAGAAGAAUCGUGUGACACAUGCAGGUGUCCUGGAAUUUGUAGCAGAUGAGGGCAAAACUUACUUACCCUACUGGAUGAUGCGGAAUCUUCUGCUGGAAGAAGGAGAAAUGAUACAGAUUGAGAGUGUAUCACUUCCAGUGGCUACUUUUUCAAAGUUUCAGCCUCAGAGUCCAGAUUUUCUGGAUAUUACCAAUCCCAAGGCUGUUCUUGAGAAUGCCCUGAGGAAUUUUGCAUGUUUGACAACGGGCGAUCUCAUUGCUAUCAAAUACAAUUCCCGGAUAUAUGAAUUGUGUGUCUUGGAAACGAGACCAGGUAAUGCAGUGACAAUUAUUGAGUGCGACAUGAAUGUGGAAUUUGCAGCUCCGGUAGGGUACUCUGAGCCAGAGAUGGAAAAUAAUGAAGAUGAACCCAUGAAGGAUGAUGCAGUGGAACAUUUGGCUGAUCUCCAGGGAUUUGUGGCAUUUUCCGGCGAAGGGAAUCGUUUGGAUGGGAAACAAAAGAAGUCCGAUGGUUCUGAUCCAAUACUGCCCAAGAAGAUGUACACAAGAGGGAUUCCAGACUAUGAUCAUCCCUACGGACUACUCAAGUUUGAUCGUAGCGUGCGACCAGAUAAGGGCAAUGGCGAAGCCAAAGAUGAUCAAGAUGACUUCCAGAUGUUCCAGGGUCAGGGAUUCUCACUAAGGAAGAGCCGAAAGUAGAAGAAGUCGCGAGAGAAAAGAAAAAUGUUUAUUUAUAAAAA